CGGAGGUGGGCUGCGUGUGCCAGGAGAUGCGGAGCGCGUUUGGCUGAGGUGUCUGGCCUGGGAAGCUCUGCGAAAAAGAGGCGGAGAGAGGCGGUGGGAAAGAGGCAGGAGCAGAACUGAAGUACAGCACAGCUGUCUCCGAAUACUCUGGUUCUUUUGGGUGCCUCAAUGAAUGUGAACAUGGAUUCUGUCACUGAAAUAUUCUUGAAGCUGCUCUUUCUCCUGUCUGUUCAUCACCAGCUCAUGGCAGUGGCAGGGAAUAAAUAUAAUUGUGAUGAUCAGCUGGUGUCUGCUUUGCCUCAGUCAUCGUUCAGUAGCUCAUCAGAGCUGUCUAGCAGUCACAGCCCUGGCUUUGCAAGGCUUAAUCGAAGAGAGGGUGCUGGUGGCUGGUCUCCACUUGUGUCCAAUAAAUAUCAAUGGCUUCAGAUUGAUCUUGGUGAAAGAACUGAGAUUACUGCUGUUGCUACUCAAGGUGGUUACGGGAGCUCAGACUGGGUUACAAGCUACCUUCUGAUGUUUAGUGACAGUGGACGAAACUGGAAGCAAUAUCGUCAAGAAGAAAGCAUUUGGGCCUUUUCUGGAAACACAAAUGCAGACAGUGUUGUGUACCAUAAGCUUCAGCAUUCUAUUAAAGCAAGAUAUCUCCGGUUUGUGCCUUUGGACUGGAAUCCAAAUGGCAGGAUUGGAAUGCGCAUUGAAGUGUAUGGAUGCACAUAUAGGUCUGAGGUGAUUGGCUUUGAUGGGAAAAGUUGUCUAAUUUACACAUUAAAUAAAAAACUCAUUAAUGCACUGAAAGAUGUGAUUUCUCUGAAGUUUAAGACAAUGCAAAGUGAUGGAAUUCUCCUCCACAGAAAAGGACAAAAUGGAGACCACUUCACCAUGGAAUUAACUAAAGGGAAGCUGUCCCUACUCAUUAAUUUAGGUGAUACUAAAACUCAUCCUUCUAAUGCCCAAAUUAAUAUUACGCUGGGCAGCCUUUUGGAUGAUCAGCACUGGCAUACUGUUCUCAUUGAGCAUUUUAACAAUCAAGUAAACUUUACAGUGGAUAAACAUACUCAUCAUUUUCAUGCAAAAGGAGAAUUCAGUUAUUUGGACCUUGAUUAUGAGCUCAGCUUUGGAGGGAUCCCAGUGCCUGGAAAAUCAGGGACAUUAUCACGCAGGAACUUUCAUGGGUGUUUUGAAAAUAUUUAUUAUAAUGGAGUGAACAUUAUUGACCUUGCCAGGAGGCAUAAAUCUCAGAUCUACAUCGUGGGCAAUAUGUCCUUCUCAUGUUUAGAGCCACAGGUGGUUCCUGUUACAUUUCUGAGCUCCAGCAGUUUCCUGGCUCUGCCAGGCAUAUCAGGGCAAGAUGAAAUAUUUGUCAGUUUUCAGUUUCGCACUUGGAACAAAGAAGGACUUCUAUUGUUUGGUAAACUGCACCAGUCUUCAGGUGGUUUCCUCUUAUUUCUGAGUGAUGGGAGAGUCAAAAUCAACCUUCAUAAAACAGGAAGAGUACUGAGUGACAUCGCUGCAGGUGCUGGAUUAAGUAACGGCCAGUGGCAUUCUGUAUCUUUCUCUGUCAAAAGGAAUCGUAUCAGUGUAAGAGUGGACAAUGAUGUGACCUCGUCUGCUCAUGCAUCCAUACCUCUGCAGAUUUAUUCAGGAGAUGUUUUCUACUUUGGAGGCUGUCCUAGCAGUGGAAAUAUUUCUGAAUGUAAUACCUCAUUUGGUGGUUUUCAAGGAUGUAUGCGACUUAUUUCCAUUGGUAACAAAGCAGUGGAUAUUAUCUCUAUUCAGCAAAGUGGUGUUGGCAAUUUCAGUGAUCUUCAGAUAGAUUUAUGUGGCAUUACAGACAGGUGUUUGCCUAAUUACUGUGAACAUGGUGGUGAGUGCUCACAGUCCUGGAACAGUUUCCACUGUAACUGUGCCAAUACUGGUUACAAGGGAGCUACUUGUCACUAUCCCAUCUAUGAGCAAUCAUGUGAAGCCUAUAAGCACAGAGGGAACACUUCAGGCUUUUACAAUAUUGAUUCAGAUGGAAGUGGCCCAUUGGGACCAUUUCUCGUAUACUGCAAUAUGACAGAUGCAACGUGGACAAUUAUACAGCAUAACAGCACCGACCUAACCAGAGUUAAAAGUGCUAAUCGAGAGAACCCACAUGCUGUGUUUUUCAAGUAUUCUGCCAGCCUUGACCAGCUUCAGGCUACAAUAAACCUUGCAGAUCACUGUGAACAGGAGCUUGCUUACUAUUGCAAAAAGUCAAGGCUUUUAGACAAGUCAGAUGGGAUGCCACUGAGCUGGUGGAUUGGGAGAACCAAUGAAACUCAUACUUACUGGGGAGGUUCCUUGCCUGCUGUACAAAAAUGUGCAUGUGGACUGGAGGGAAGCUGCAUUGAUUCCCAGCAUUACUGCAACUGUGAUGCGGACAGGGAUGAAUGGACUAAUGAUACUGGCUUCCUCUCCUACAAGGACCAUCUACCAGUAACUGAAAUUGUGAUCACAGAUACUGACAGACCAAACUCAGAAGCCGCUUACAAACUGGGGCCUUUGCUUUGCCGUGGUGAUAGAACAUUUUGGAAUUCGGCUUCCUUCAACACAGAGACAUCCUACCUGCAUUUCCCCACCUUCCAUGGAGAACUCAGUGCAGAUGUCUCAUUUUUCUUUAAAACAACUGCUUCCUCAGGAGUGUUUUUAGAGAACCUGGGAAUUCAAGACUUCAUCAGGAUAGAGUUACAGUCUCCGUCUGAAGUGUUUUUUUCCUUUGACGUGGGAAAUGGACCUAGCGAAGUCAUAGUGCAAUCGCCCAAUUCCUUAAAUGACAACCAAUGGCAUUAUGUGAAGGCUGAACGAAACGUCAAAGAGGCUUCCUUACAAAUCGAUCAGCUUCCUCAAAGAUCUCACAGCGCUCCACCUGAUGGACAUAUUCGCUUGCAGCUCAACAGCCAGCUUUUUGUAGGUGGAACAGCGUCCAGGCAGAAGGGAUUUUUGGGAUGCAUUCGCUCAUUACGGUUGAAUGGAAUGGCCCUUGAUCUGGAAGAGAGAGCAAAGAUAACACCAGGAGUUGAACCAGGCUGUCCUGGACAUUGUAGCAGCUAUGGUAACUUGUGUCACAAUGGUGGAAAAUGUAGAGAGAAGUACAGUGGAUUCUCCUGUGACUGCACUUUGUCAGCCUAUGAUGGUCCAUUCUGUAAGAAAGAGAUCUCUGCCUAUUUUUGGACUGGCACUUCUGUGACAUACAACUUUCAAGAAUACUACACAUUAGCUAAAAAUUACAGUUCUCAUGCUUCUUCUUUCUAUGCUGACACGACACUGACCAGGGAAGCAAUAACCUUUGCCUUUCGAACAACACGGACCCCCAGCCUCUUGCUCUAUGUCAGCUCCUUCUACAAGGAAUACCUCUCGGUCAUUCUCACCAGGAAUGGAAGUUUACAGAUUAGGUACAAGCUAGAUAGCCAUGAAGAUCCUGAUAUCUUCAGCAUCAGUUUCAAAAGCAUGGCUGAUGGACAACUGCAACAUGUGAAGAUUAAUAGAGAGGAGGAAACACUCCUUGUAGAGGUUAACCAGAAUGAAAGAAUGAAGUUUAUUCUGUCUUCAGGCACAGAAUUCAAUGCAAUCAAGUCUCUCACACUUGGCAAGAUUUUAGAAAACAGCGAUAUAGAUGAGGAGACUAUGAAGGCAAACUCUCAGGGGUUUGUUGGCUGUCUGUCUUCAGUGCAGUUCAACCACAUUGCUCCUUUGAAGGCUGCACUGCACCACAGCAGCUCAGCCCCUGUCAUUGUAAAAGGGCGUUUCACUGAAUCCAACUGUGGUACUUUAACUGGAGCUGACUCAACAUCAAGUGAAACAACCCAUUCAUUUGCAGAUCACUCUGGACCAAUAGAUGAGGGAAAGCCCUUAGCUAAUGCAAUCAGGAGUGACUCUGCAAUGAUUGGAGGUGUGAUAGCAGUUGUCAUAUUCAUCCUACUUUGCAUCACGGCCAUAGCCAUACGCAUUUAUAAAAAAAAAGGUGCAUACUCAAAAAAUGAGGCAAAAGGAUCUGAAAAUGAAGACAGUGCUGAAUCUGCAUUGAAAAGCGAGCUCAGCAUGCAAAACACAACCAAUGAAAAUCAAAAGGAAUACUUCUUCUGAUUGUCAUUAAUGAUUUGAUCCAAUAAAAUAAUGUCACAGUCUGACUUUCUUGCUAAGCCAGGGGGCUCUCACUGAACAGAAAAAGUUCUUGCACACUAUUCUAAAUGCAGUGGAUUUGAGACUUGCUAUACUCAUUAUGUUCAGUCUCAGUGAUUGCCGUAGAGGGCCUCUUUAAAUUACAUGCAUUCCUUAGCUAUUAUACCGUAAAUGCAUUUUAUGUAACAGUGAAUUAGAUAUUGUAGCCAAUUUCAUUGUUGGUAGUUUCCGACUGUUCUAAUGUGACCUUCUACAAAUGAAGUUUAAUGUACACAC